AUCAAGUUCAUCGUGUGUGUCGCUCACUCUUCCGGUGUUAUGGCCGCUUGCAGUAGAGGAGACCGUGGUGUAACAUGUUACAGUAGAGACUACCGGUGAAUGCUGUGUUUCAGAAUGGGGGUGUCACUGCUCUUAAGUCGAUCUCUGAGUCUUUGUCGGUCAUCUUUACGCACAUUUGGCCCGCAUAGGCGCUACAACAAGGCGUCCGAUGCUCUGUCUGAGCGACUGCGGGUGUUUGAGUCCUUCAGGGAUGUGCACAAUAGGCGGAAAGAGGUGGCCUCAGACGGGCUCAUCACUGUCAGUCUAGCUGAUGGCAGGACCCUAGAAGGAAGAGCUGGGGUGACCACGCCCCUUUUAGUGUCUCAAAGGGCCCGUGUGAAAGGACCUCUGGUGAGCAAGGUGAACGGUGUGCUGUGGGAACUUCUGCGCCCCCUAGAGGACGACUGUCAGCUGGAGCUUCUGGGAUUUGACACCAUAGAGGGCAAAAAGACUGCAUGGAGGACAGCAGUGUGUGUUCUGUGCGGGGUGCUUGAGGGGGCAUUUGGGGCGGAGCUUUGCAGAGAAGGAGUGUCUGACUCUGGGCUCUACUGCGAUCACCUGCUGGACACAGGAAGCCUAUCUCUGAGGGAUGUGGAAGAGAGGUGCAAGGAGGCGGCCCGCGGCAAGCUGCCCCUGUCCACGCUGCAGCUGAACACACGCGCCGUCGAGCAGCUCUUCCAGGACAGCAAGCUGAGACUGCAGCUUAUGGAGGAGCACAUGGAUGGGCAGACUCUGACUGUUUACAGGUGUGGGGACAGCCUGGGCCUGUGUGAUGGGCCUCUACUGCCCAACACGGGCGUCCUCAAGGUUUUCAAGAUGCUCCAGGUGUCCCCUGUAACGUUGGCCAAUCAGACGCAGAGUUCCGGUGUGAUGCGUCUCCUGGGCGUGGCGUUCCCCGGGGAGAAGGAGCGGGAGGCGUGGGAGCGGGAGCAGGAGGAGUCCCGCAAGAGAGACCACCGACGCAUCGGUAAGGACCAGGAGCUUUUCUUCUUUAAUGAUGUCAGUCCAGGCAGCUGUUUCUUCCUGCCCAAGGGAGCUCACAUCUACAACACUCUGACCGACUUCAUAAAGAGCGAGUACCGUAAGCGGGGCUUCCACGAGGUCGUGACCCCCACCCUGUACAGCACUGCAUUGUGGGAGCGCUCGGGCCACUGGGAGCACUACAGCGAGAACAUGUUCACCGUGGUGUCGGAGGGCACGCAGACCUACGCCCUGAAGCCCAUGAACUGCCCCGCACACUGUCUGAUGUUCGAGCAGCGUGUGCGCUCGUGGCGGGAGCUGCCCCUGCGCUGGGCCGACUUCGGCGCCCUGCACCGCAACGAGCUGUCCGGCGCCCUGGGGGGGCUCACCCGGGUCCGGCGGUUCUGCCAGGACGACGCCCACAUCUUCUGCACACCUGAGCAGCUGGAGGGGGAGAUCGUGGCGUGUUUGGAGUUUGUGCGGAGUGUGUACCGGGUGUUUGGGUUCUCCUUCCACUGCCUGCUGUCCACACGGCCCACGCCGUGCCUGGGGGAGCCGCAACUCUGGGACACUGCUGAGCAGCAGCUGCAGAGCAGUCUGCAGCAGUUUGGAGAGCGCUGGGAGCAGAACCCAGGAGACGGAGCCUUCUACGGACCAAAGAUUGAUAUCCUGAUCAAAGACGCCAUUGGCCGACAGCACCAGUGUGCAACCAUCCAACUGGACUUCCAGCUGCCAAUCCGAUUUGAUCUUCAGUAUGUCGGGUCAGACGGACAGAGCCACAGGCCCGUGAUGGUGCACCGAGCAGUGCUGGGCUCCCUGGAGAGAAUGAUCGCUAUCCUGGCAGAGAACUUUGGAGGGAAAUGGCCGCUGUGGUUGUCUCCGGCGCAGGUCAUGGUUAUUCCCGUAGGGGGCGGUUGUGAGUCAUAUGCCCAGCAGGUGGUUCAGCGAUUCCAUGAAGCUGGCUUCAUGGCCGAGUUGAACGAAGAGCACGGAGCGACCUUAAGCAAGAAAGUCCGCUCAGCCCAGUUGGCCCAGUACAACUACAUAUUUGUGGUGGGGGAGAAGGAGUGUGUGAGCGAGUCGGUCAGUGUGAGGACCCGAGCUGGGCAGCAGCUGGGCAGGAGGCCGACGGACGAGGUCCUCUCCGCGCUCACGCUGCUCCGAGACUCGCGCAGCAACCAGGAGGAGUUCUGACACCGCUGGACGUCCCGCCUUCUUCCUCGCUGCGGUCCUCAUCAUGCUUCCCUUGCUAAAUAUUUGUAAUAAAUGUAUAUUUAAUGA